AUGCGCCCCAACUCCUCGAGCCUCUACGAAAUGUUAAGCAAAUGGCCGACGCAUUGGGCUCCGCCAAAGCUUGUCAACGAUAUUGAAGGAUGCACGAUACCCAAAACACGAACCCAAGCUCUGGUAUCGGAGACCAUUGGGUGCCGGUGUCUAGGAGUAAAGUUGAAGCGAAAGAAAAUUGCUUAG